UAUUCUUCCCAUCCGCGUGAUUUUCAGCCUUUCCCCUUUUUCUGCGGGCUUGCUUUUGUUGGAGAAUGAAGAAGAUUAAAAAGAGCCAAGAAAAUCGAUAUUAAGACACUGCAAGACCCACUUUGCGCGCCGCCAAUAUCUUGUAGGCAGACACGCAAAAUCAGCCAUGGAUACUGCCAUUAGACUGUAAGAGACUCUGCUACUUCUACUAUCAACUUCUGAUGAUUUUUGACGCGGUACAAAGGGGUGUCAACGCUCGUACCCUUGAUCGUCUUCUCAGAUUCCAUGCAUAGUAUUUCUGCUGUUGACUGAAUAGGCCCAUCAAUGGUUUAGUCAAUUAAUCUGAUUAAAAGCACUGGAAUGGCCAAUUCAAUAGACUGCUCUGAAGUCAGAAUGAAGAGAGCUGAGUUUCGGGGAUCCGGUCGUACAUCAAAGAAGUUAAGAAGAACAAUGUUGGCCUCUCAUAAGGUAGAUGAUGAUGCAGCAGAAAGCCAAGGCAGAUUGAGUGAUUUACCGGACAACCUUAUCCAUCAUAUAUUAUCAUUUAUGGAAACCAAGGAUGCAAUUCGAACCAGUGUUCUGUCAAGAAGAUGGAAAUUUAUGUGGGCUUCAGUUCCCUGCCUAAACUUCAACAGCAAAUCAUUUUCUCGGUUGUCUGAUUUCAAAAGAUUUGUAAAGCGGGUCCUAUCCCAACGUGAUUCUUCUCAUAUCAAAGCUCUUACAUACUGUCGCUUUGGGGUGGAUUAUGCUACUGAUCAGUCACUAUUGAAUAAGGUUAUCGAAUUUGCUACUUCACAUGGUGUUGAAGAAAUCCGAAUCAACCUUCGUGGGAAAAGCUCUGGCAGUCCACCCAUUGAAAUCCCUUCCUCCUUAUUUGCCUGCCGAUCCUUGAAAAGGAUUGAGUUAAAAGACUGCCACCCUACAAAUGUCCCAACAUCUGUUGGCUGCAAAUCAUUGGAAAUGUUGCAUCUUGAACAUUUUCCAUUGCAUCCUGAUCAAGCUAAUUCUUCAAAUCCAUUUUCUAGUAUACAGAAGCUUUUUGGUUUUACAAAGUUAACAACUUUGCAUCUCAACAGCUUUACUUUAAGUUGUACAGGACUUGCCCGUCUGGAUCCAUUUGCUGAUUGUGUAAAUUUGAAGAAUUUGCACUUAAGUGAAAUUUGCUUUAAGUCAGAUUUGACCCCGAGGGAUUUUGUGAUAUCUGCACCCCAACUUAAUAACCUUUCACUAGUAUGCAACCGUCUUAAAUGUAAACUUGUUGUUGCUGCCCCACAGCUUACCAAUUUCAGCUACAUUUAUUCUUCUUCAUCUGCCUUUUUUGACUUUGGCCUUCCUUCUUUGGAUGACUUGACAAUUGAUAUUCAUGAGAUGCAUGAUCAAUUGGAAAUUUAUCAACGGAGGCAGAGAGAAGAGACUUUACAUGGAUUCAUCAAUGUGUUACGGCGACACCAUAAUAUUGAAGCUGUUAAGCUAUCCUUGCAUACUGUCAUGGCUACCUGUGGGGCUGCUGCCUUGCUAAAGUGUGAGGAUUCAUCUUUUAUUAAAUCGAAGUCAUUGAAUUUAGGAGUCGGAUCAACAUAUAAAAUCUUCAUUAGCGACCUUGACCGUGUAACUGCCUACUUUCGCAGUUGCUCUCAGCAUGCAGACUUUGAAAUUUCAACCUUUUAAAGAAAACAAACCCUGAAAACUUUUUCCACCAUUCUAUGUGGCAUGUGAAAGCUGAGGAAGUAGAAUCAUACUUGCAAAAUGGUUCUGGCUUGUUGAAUGUGGGACAAAGCUUAAUGAUGAUGUCAUGAUUGUUGAGCCUGGAUGAUGAUUUUUCUUAUGUGGAGUAUUAAACGCACUUCUUUCUCUGGUUUUAGAUGGCACGAGAGGUAUGUAUGGGUUAUUCGGAGAGGUCAGAAGAAUGAAGGUAAACAAAGAUUAGUGGGUACAUGGUAGAUUUUUAGUCACAGGAUUGGGAUAUUCUGGCACAGCACAGGUGGUCUCAUAGGGUUAGUCUUUACUUCUCACAGGGAAAGGAAAAUUUGAAAUACUUUUUUCUCCUUUGUAAUCCUCGAAUUGUAGUCAAUACUCAGGUUAUAUUCAUAAUAUAGUCUUAUUUUAUUAUUAA